AUGGAGAAUCACGUUUCGUGGGAGCAAACGCCCUGCGAGCUCAACCUGGGCAGUCUAGGUCCGAUCUGUGGCCUACAACGAAUUGACGACAAGGUUCAUCGUUAUGUCCGCGUCCCCUACGCUCUUCCUCCCAUCGGCGCCUAUCCAGAUGAAACAAGAUUGGAUGCCACCAUCUUCGGUCCUGUUUGUCCGCAGGCCUAUCUCUCCAGCAGUGCCCGGAAGACUCCUGGUUCCAACUGGACUUUAGUCAAUGCGCCUCCGCCAGGACAACGCCGGCCAGUGGUGUACCGAGACUGUUUUGCCAUGGGCGAUCUUCUAAAUGAGCUCGUAAUAUACGAUUAG